CGCAGUGCGCGGCCGGGAGGAGCCGCGGGCGGCGCCGCUCGCUCGGUGCCCGGUGCGCGGUGCGCGGAGCCCGGUGCGCGGAGCGCGGCCCGCCAUGAACAGCAUCAAGAGCGUCCCGGCGCGGGUGCUGAGCCGCCGAGCGGGGCACAGCCUGGAAGCGGAACGGGAGCAGUUCGACAAGAACCAGGCCAUCAGCAUCAGCAAAGCCAUAAAUACUCAAGAAGCACCGGUGAAGGAGAAACAUGUGCGUCGGAUCAUCCUGGGGACGCACCAUGAGAAGGGUGCCUUUACCUUCUGGUCCUACGCCAUCGGGCUGCCCCUGCCCAGCAGCUCCAUCCUCAGCUGGAAGUUCUGCCACGUCCUGCACAAAGUCCUGCGCGACGGCCACCCCAACGUCCUCCAGGACUGCCAGCGGUACCGCAGCAACAUCCGCGAGGUGGGAGACCUGUGGGGCCAUUUGCACGACCGCUACGGGCAGCUGGUGAGCAUCUACACGCGGCUCCUCCUCACCAAGAUCUCUUUCCACGCCAAGCACCACGAGUUCCCCCCGGGCCUCGAAGUGUCAGAUGAGGUGCUGGAAAAGACAGCGGGGACGGAUGUGAAUAACAUCUUCCAGCUGACGGUGGAGCUGUUUGACUACCUGGACUGCGAGCUGAAGCUGUCAGAGUCAGUUUUCCGGCAGCUCAACACCUCCAUGGCGCUCUCGCAGAUGUCGGCGGUGCAGUGCCGCCUGGCCCCCCUCAUCCAGGUGAUCCAGGACUGCAGCCACCUCUACCACUACGCCGUCAAGCUCAUGUUCAAGCUGCACUCCUGUCUGCCAGCCGACACGCUGCAGGGCCACCGCGACCGCUUCCACGAGCAGUUUCGCAGCCUCAAAAGCUUCUUUAAGAAAGCCUCCGACAUGCUGUAUUUCAAGCGGCUCAUCCAGAUCCCUCGGCUGCCGGAGAACCCCCCAAACUUCUUGCGGGCGUCCGCACUGGCAGAGCACGUCAAGCCGGUGGUCGUCAUCCCCGAGGAAGCCCCCGAGGACGAGGAGCCGGAGAACCUCAUUGAGAUCAGCACAGCUUCCACCACAGAGCCCCAGAUCACCUCAGAUAUAUUUCAGCAAACCUUCGGGCCGCCCAAUGGCAUUCGGGAUGACAGGGACGCGCAGAUCGAGAGCCUGAAGAAGGAGGUGGACACGCUCCGCGCGGAGAUGGAGAAGAUUAAGCUGGAGGCGCAGCGGUACAUCACGCAGCUCAAGGCGCAGGUGAACAGCCUGGAGGGCGAGGUGGAGGAGCAGCGCAAGCAGAAGCAGAAGGCACUGGUGGACAACGAGCAGCUUCGGGACGAGCUGGAGAGGCUGCAGCAGGUGAAGCAGGACAGCGACCGGUCCCUGCGGCUCUGCGCCGAGGCAGAAAAGAAAGCCAACGCCACCGAGAUUCGCUACACGAAGCUGAAGGAGAAGCACAGCGAGCUCAUCAACACCCACGCCGAGCUCCUGAGGAAGAACGCUGACACGGCCAAGCAGCUGACGGUGACGCAGCAGAGCCAGGAGGAGGUGGCGCGAGUCAAGGAGCAGCUGGAGUUUCAGGUUGAGCAGGUCAAGCGGGAAGCAGAGAUGAAGCUGGAGGACCAGAGCGUGCAGAUGGAGCAGCUGCGGCGGGAGCUGGACGCCCGGCGGGAUGAGCUGGACCAGGCACAGUGCUCGCUCAGCCAUGCCAAACAGGCAGGCACGGAGCUCAGCGCCCAGGUGGAGACCCUGCAGGCUGAGAAGGAGCAGCUGAGGCGCUCAGUGAGCGAGAAGGAGCGCGAGCUGCUCUCCACGCGCAGCCUUGUCCAGGAGAAGGAGCUGCAGCUGAGCCAGGAGGCCGACAAGGCCAGCAGGGAGAUCUGCGAGCUGCAGGGCAAGCUCCUGGAGAAGAGCAACCAGGAGCAGAGCCUGCAGCAGAAGCUGCUGGACGAGCAGUUCGGCAUCCUGCAGGAGGCGGUGCGGGAGGCCGAGGGCAUCCUCCGCGACGCGGUGGCCAAGCUGGACGACCCGCUGCACGUCCGCUGCACCAGCUCCCCAGAUUACCUGCUCAGCCGUGCAGAGGCGGCGCUGGAGUCCACGGAUGCGCUGGAGAGCGGGCACGCGCAGUACGUGGCCUCCAUGGCAGAUGCUGCAGCGCUGGUGGGGGCUCUGGCUCUCUUUGCACACCUAACAGCCGACACCAUCGUGAACGGCAGCGCCACGUCCCACCUGGCUCCCACCGACCACGCUGACCGGCUGACGGAAACGUGCCGGGACUGCGGGCAGCGGAGCCUGGACUACCUGGGCGAGCUGAAGGACAAGCAGACGCUGGGGCGCGCUGAGCUGGGGGACGUGCGGCAGGCACUGCGGGGUGUCCUGGGGCUGGCCCAGGAGCUGAGACCGAAAAGCUUGGACAUCAAGCAGGAAGAGCUAGGGGACAUGGUUGAGAAGGAGAUGGCCUCCACUUCUGCAGCAAUUGAAGAUGCUGUCAGACGGAUAGAGGAGAUGAUGAGCCGGGCCAGGAACGAAAGCUCUGGCAUCAAACUCGAAGUGAACGAGCGGAUUCUGAACUCCUGCACGGACCUCAUGAAGGCCAUCAGACUUCUUGUAAUGACAUCCACGAACUUACAGAAGGAAAUAGUAGAGAGUGGCCGGGGGGCAGCAACAACUCAGGAGUUUUACGCCAAGAACUCGCGCUGGACUGAAGGGCUGAUCUCUGCCUCGAAGGCGGUGGGCUGGGGAGCCACGCAGCUCGUAGAAUCAGCAGACAGAGUUGUCCUGCACACAGGCAAAUACGAAGAACUGAUCGUCUGCUCCCAUGAAAUCGCUGCCAGCACGGCCCAGCUGGUAGCUGCCUCCAAGGUGAAAGCCGAGAAGAGCAGCAGGAACUUGGGCAAGCUCCAGGAGUGCUCACGCAAUGUCAACGAGAUGGCGGCCAACGUGGUGGCUUCCACCAGGACGGGGCAGGAGCAGAUCGAGGAGAAAGACACCAUGGACUUUUCAGGCAUGUCCCUCAUCAAGCUGAAGAAGGAAGAAAUGGAGACACAGGUGAAGGUGCUGGAGCUGGAGAAGUGUCUGGAGGGCGAGCGGGUGCGCCUGGGUGAGCUGAGGAAGCAGCACUACGCCUUGGCUGGCGCCUACGAUGCAGCGGAGGACGGGGAAGCCAGGCCGGCACCGGCCCCCAGGCGAGGCAUCCUCAAGAAGCCAGCCCUGGCCCAAAAACCCGGCCCUGUCCCAGGGCCGGACAGAGAGCCCGAGCAAGAUGCCAGCCUGCACCGGGCACACGCCAUCAACUUCUAGCGGGACCGAGGGGACGGAGCUGGGGCCCAGCCCCAUGCUGGGGGCAGCCACAGCAACGCUCUUAUGUCUGUGUUUUAAACAGAUCGCCUUGCCUCUGCACUGGUGUGCCUUCGUGCGCGGGGGGUCUCCUCCCUGCCUGGCCUGAGAAACUGGAGUUUUGUUUUUUUUUUUAAUUAACAUUUAUUUUUUUUUUCACUCAAUUCCUAGCAGCAGAGUUGUUGGGGUCCUGCAGCUCCCCAAGCAGUGCAGGAUGCCGUCCUUGUGGCCUGCUGAGCAGCUCGCCCAGUUUAAUUUAAUUUGGGAUUCUUCUGGGUUGAUUUUAUUUUUAUUUUUUAUCAGCACUAGACAUUUUCAGUAAAUGUAGCUCUCUACUGUACUGCUUAGACCCUUCCAAAGAACUGUGAACUGUUUUUAAAGUAGGAAAUUGCUGGGCUUUUCUUGCAACUGUUUUUUUUUUAAAAAAAAAAUUCCCCUUUUUCAGGAAUAAUUUGACUUAGCUUUAGCAGAGAAGGGGAAUUUAACAGGUGUGAGGAACGUUUUGUAAGGGAAAAAGCAGGUAUUGACACACUGGCAAUAAGGAUACAACCCUUUUUAUUUCCUUUUCUAUUUUGUAUUACUACAGCGACAGCAGGGGAUCAGUUGCAUUAUGUUUUAUAUGUAAGAUAAUUAGCAGAAUUAAAACCUAACUGUGGCCUGCGGGAGGCGGGGGACGUUAAACGUGGCGAAGUCUGCAGCAAUAAGGAAACACUGAUGGGAAGAGAUGGGGGGGGGGGGGGGAGCAGAGGACAUGUAAUCAGCUGUAUCUUCUCUUGGAACUACUACCACGAUGUAGAUUAUUAAAGCAGCAAUAUUUAAA